GGGUCGUGCGGCCGCGGUAACUUUCCGAACAGAGCCAAAGAGGCGCCCGGAGCCCCCCGCAGCAGCGCCGCGCUCCCCGUGCCAGCAGCCCCGGCUCGGCCCCGCCGCCGCUCGCCGCCUCCCCAGCGCCGCGCAGCCGCCGCCGCCUCAGCCCCGGGAGCCAGCCCCGGGAGCCGGCCCCGGUCCCCCCGAGUCCAAGCAUCCACUGAAACUUCUGCCGUGAACUUUGGCUGAGCAGCACAGGAGUGUGGUUAACUUUCACAGAGAGGAAAGAAUAGUUUUAUGCUGAAAAGUUAUGGUUCCUGCUUACAUUUAUCAUCUUUACCCAUAUGGCUAAAAGGACAAAGUUGUGACAAGCUAGUCUCCAUAGCAGGAAUUUAAGUGCAAGUGCCAAGCAACUUCUGAAGAGCUUUAUUCUGCUAUCCUGUUAAUAUGAUGUGUGUCUUCCUGUGCUGGUAGUCUGCAAAAAUAGGAUCUAUUUGGAAUUUUUAGCACUUUGAGGUACAACAAUGGUGGCCCAUGUGCUUUUCUGGUGGAUUCUGAAAGGGCUUUUUCUGUCUUUUCUGCUCACAACUACUCUGUCCCUAAACCCAGAUGAUCCAAAUGUUUGUAGUCAUUGGGAAAGCUAUGCGGUGACAGUACAGGAAUCUUAUGCUCAUCCUUUUGAUCAGAUCUAUUAUACAAGAUGUACCGACAUACUGAACUGGUUCAAGUGUACUAGACACAGAAUAAGUUAUAAAACAGCAUAUCGAAGAGGACUAAGAACUAUGUAUCGGCGAAGAUCUCAGUGCUGCCCUGGAUAUUACGAAAGCGGAGACUACUGUAUACCACUCUGCACAGAGGAGUGUGUGCAUGGAAGAUGCGUUUCUCCUGACACUUGUCAUUGUGAACCAGGAUGGGGAGGUACUGAUUGCUCCAGUGGUUGCGACAGCGAUCACUGGGGACCCCACUGCAGCAACCGCUGCCAGUGCCAGAACGAGGCCCUCUGCAACCCCAUCACGGGCGCCUGUGUCUGCGCAGAUGGGUACCAGGGCUGGCGCUGCGAAGAGCUCUGCGACCCCGGGAGCUAUGGCAAGGGCUGCCAGUUCCAGUGCCAAUGCCACAACGGAGCUACCUGCGACCACGAGACGGGAGAAUGUCACUGCGCUCCCGGAUACACGGGGGUGUUUUGCGAAGAGCGCUGUCCCCCAGGCAGUCACGGAGCUCAGUGUGAAUUGCGCUGCCCUUGCCAGAAUGGGGGAGUCUGUCACCACAUCACUGGAGAGUGCUCCUGUCCUCCUGGAUGGAUGGGGCUGGUGUGUGCACAGCCGUGUCCUUCUGGAACAUUUGGAAUUAACUGCAGCCAGGACUGCCCAUGCCACAACGGAGGACACUGUGAUCCUGUGACAGGAAAAUGCAUCUGCACUCCUGGAUAUGUGGGAGACAGGUGUCAAGAAGAGUGUCCUAUUGGGACAUACGGCUUUCAGUGCACACAAAGAUGUGACUGCCAAAAUGGUGCAAAGUGUUAUCACGUCAAUGGAGCUUGUAUGUGUGACCCUGGAUUUAAAGGGAUUCAUUGCCAAGAAAGAAUGUGUCCAGAAGGGUUAUAUGGCCUCAAAUGCAACAAGAGAUGUCCUUGCAAUAUUACCAACACUCUCAGCUGCCAUCCAUUGUCUGGAGAAUGUAGCUGCAAAGCCGGCUGGGCUGGACUCUACUGCAAUGAAACCUGUCCCCCUGGAUACUACGGCGAAGGCUGCCAGCUGACCUGCUCCUGCCAGAACGGUGCAGAUUGUGACAGCAUCACAGGAAAGUGUACGUGUGCACCAGGAUACAUGGGAGAUGACUGCACCAUUACCUGCAUGGAAGGAACCUAUGGUACCAAUUGCUCAUCAGUUUGUAAUUGCAAAAAUGAUGGCACAUGUUCCCCCGUGGACGGUCUAUGCAUUUGCAAAGAAGGGUGGCAAGGAAUGGAUUGCUCUAUUCCAUGUUCGAGUGGAAGUUGGGGUCUUAACUGUAACCAGACAUGCUAUUGCACAAAUGGAGCUGCCUGCAGGCCAGCUGAUGGCUUUUGUCUCUGCUCACCUGGAUGGCAAGGGGAGUACUGUGACCAGCCCUGUCCCGAUGGAACAUAUGGUCUUAAUUGCAGUGAACGUUGUGAUUGUAGCCAUGCAGAUGGGUGCGAUCCUGUCACCGGUUACUGCUGCUGUCUUGCUGGCUGGACAGGCAUCCACUGUGACAAUAUCUGCAGCCAGGGCCGCUGGGGACCAAACUGCUCCAUCUCCUGUAACUGUGAGAACGGGGGAUCCUGCUCCCCAGAGGACGGCACCUGUGACUGUGCACCCGGAUACAGAGGACCCUUGUGCCAGAGAAUUUGUCCCCCUGGCUUCCAUGGACACCACUGCAGCCAGCCAUGCCCUCAGUGUGUGCACAGCAGCGGUCCCUGUCACCACGUGUCAGGACACUGUGACUGUUUGCCAGGAUUCUUUGGCGCACUCUGCAACCAAGUCUGUCCCAGUGGAAAAUAUGGGAAGAACUGUGAUGAGGUCUGCCAGUGCACCGAGAACGGGACGUGCAAUCCUAUUGAUGGAUCAUGCCAGUGUUUUCCAGGCUGGAUAGGGAAGGACUGCUCUCAGACUUGUCCCACAGGUUUUUGGGGCCCUGAUUGCUUUCAUUCAUGCAACUGCCACAACGGAGCAAUGUGCAGCCCUUACGAUGGAGAGUGUAGAUGUACUCAUGGUUGGACGGGGCUCUACUGCACUCAGCGUUGCCCAACUGCUUUUUAUGGAAAAAACUGUGCCAAUGUCUGUCAGUGUCAGAACGGAGCAGACUGUGACCACAUCACCGGCCAGUGCACAUGCAGGACUGGAUUUACAGGCAAACAGUGUGAGCAAAAGUGCUCACCAGGAACAUUUGGUUAUGGUUGCAAACAACUGUGUGAGUGCAUGAAUAAUGCUACAUGUGACCAUGUCACAGGUACUUGCUACUGCAGUCCAGGCUUCAAAGGAAUCAGAUGUGAUCAAGCGGCUCUCAUGAUGGAAGAAUUAAACCCCUAUACUAAAAUUAGCCCUGCUCUUGGAUCAGAGAGGCACUCAGUGGGAGCAAUCAUUGGAAUUAUUAUUCUCCUUCUAAUUAUUAUGGUCUUGCUGGCACUGUUUGUGUGGUAUCGACGGAAACAGAAGGAGAAGGGCCAUGACAUGCCAAGUGUAUCUUAUACUCCAGCCAUGAGGAUGACUAAUACAGAUUACUCACUUUCUGAUAUAUCUCAAGGUAGCGGCAGCGUACAUUGUUUUUCCAAUCCAAGCUACCACACUCUAUCAUGUGGUGUGACUUCACGCUUCUUUACCAGUAAUGUGGAUGGAAACAGCUCCAGUAAGCUCAAUAACAAAAUCCUUGACAGAGAAACUGCAGACUGGAGACCCUACAGCUAUCUGAAUGAACUAGGUGCUUGUGGGAUGGAUAGACGUCAGAACACAUACAUAAUGGAAAAAAGCUUCAAAGACUACAUGAAGGAGUCUGUGUGCAGCUCCAGCACUUGUUCUCUGAACAGCAGUGAAAACCCAUACGCCACCAUUAAAGACCCCCCCAUUUUAACAUGCAAACACUCCGAGAGCAGCUACGUGGAAAUGAAAUCGCCUGGUCACAGGGAAUCCCCAUAUUCAGAAAUGCCCACUUCGUCCACAGCCAACAAAAACAUCUACGAAGUUGAGCCCACCGUCAGCGUGGUCCAAGACGCCCGUAGCCGGAGUGCCAGUUACCUCCAAAACCCAUACGACCUGCCUAGGAACAGUCACAUUCCUAGUCACUACGACCUCCUCCCCGUGAGGCACAGCCCGACGCACGGGCCAUCUUGGGACAAGCAGUCUUAAAGGGAUGGACUUCACUGUGCUGUAACACAAACUUUGAGGAAGCAAAAGAGAAGACAAUCCUUUUCUGUGCUGCAGGAUGCUGACGUGACUGCAGACUUACGCAAGGACCUAACGUAACAAAACAUCAGCUUGGGCCAGCUGCUGCUGCAUGAUGUUAUUUAAAAAAACAUUUUUUUAUAUGGGUCACAGGAACUAAUGAGUACCUUCUCCAGGUGUCACUGGAGCACGUCAUGCCAGGAAAGUGUUCACAUGCUCCAGGCAAAGGCUCUCCAUGGUGUGUAUUCUACCCCUGGCUUUGCUGUAAAAUACAACACAAAAACACGCUAAGUAGAAGGACUUAAGAGACGUACAUUUCUACCAGCUGUAUAAAAAAAAAAAAAAGAACUUGUACUGUUAGGAACAAGGUGGCUAGGAAUACGCUGAGAUAUAUUUUACAUCUUUGUCAUGGAAAUGGACAUUGUUCCGAACGAAAGCAGGGAAGCUUCUCAUUUCACUGUCUGGAAACCUCAUUUACUGCCAUCACCAUACACAUCCUGCGCAGCUCAUGCUUGGACCUUAGCGCUGAAAUGUUCAUCUUUACAUUCAGUACCAGGCUAUUUGAGUAGAGGAAACCUACAUCCUGUGCAGGUUUUAAAAGGUAACAAUGUCCAGUCGAUGUCUUCAGUUUAAACAAAGAAUCUCAUACCCAGCUUACCACACUUUUAACAAGCUACACAUACUUUGACCGGUACAGUGAUGCUUUAAUUCUCCUUAUACAGCUUCAGUUUUCUUAGAUAAAUGCACUAGCUUUGUCAGGCAGCCUAAAUUGCUGCACCUCCAUUUACUUCCCUGGGACACUGCAGGUUUGCACAGGCUAACCCCUGGUUUGGUUUCCUUUCCUAAUGCUAGGACACGUCGGCUUCUCUAGGCCAUCUUUACAAACCACCCCAUUGUGAUUCACCUGACAGCAUGCCAUUUAUGACACCCUUUAAUUUGAUGUGCAUUACCAUGUAGUGCAAUUUUAUUUGUUGAUGAUUCUACCUGAAACAUCAUUAAAUUGAGCUGAAACUGAGUUUUCUUUUUCAGCAGCUGUUUGUGGAAUAAUUAUCACGGGGUUGACUUAUGGUAAAGCUUUGGACUAAGCCACAAUGAUUUUUUUUAUUUUAUUUUUUGUGUGUGUGAUCCUUAUUGACCUAGAAAGUAGAAUACUUGCCGUUAAGCAGUUCCUUGUAGAUUUUGAGCAUGAAGUAGUAUUGAUUCUAAGUAUGUAAUUUUAUUAGGCAAACGUGGAAGUAGCAAGAUGAUUGCCUCUGAAAUAUAAAAAAAAAAAAAAAAUUCUGUUGCACAUUCACCAGUCUGAUGGAAGCAGAAGAGAAUGAAACCAACACCAAGCAGUUUGCUCAAAGCAUGAUCGCUCGCGUAGCUGCUGCUGCAGGGGACUCUCCGAGGAGCCUCCCAGCUCAGAGGCAGUGGCUGCAACUCAGCUCUAAGUCCAACGGGGCCACGGAUCACUGGGAGUGCCCCAGGCCGGGUGGUGCUGAGCCCACACAGUGCCCCUGGAUGCUCAUCUCAGGGUGCAGGAGCCCUGGCAAUGCUCUGCUGCAGGAGCUGGGACGCCGUGGGGUGGUCGGGUUGGCUCUGAACCCCUCUGUGCAAAGCAGGAGCUUGGCAGCGAGACAGCUGAGCUGAGCCCAGAGAUCCCCCCAGGCUUGCAGAGCAGCAGAUUUUCAGUAUUUACAUGAAUGCUGCAUGUGUGCAUGGGGGCGAUGACUGAUCAGCAAUAGCAAUUUUAUUUUCCAGGAAAGCCUUAUUUGAGAUGUAACUAGACAAUUAUUUUGUAGAGCCAGUAGGGAUAUAUUUUGCAUACGUAUAUGGAAAGACUUACCUCAAAAAUAGCAAGGGAAAGGCAGUUUGAUAAGGAAUCCUCUGGUUAGAGACCUACCGUGACAUCGAGCACAAACAGUCUCAGCUGCCAGCCUGACCAAUGUCUGUGUGUGUGUUGCUGUAAAGUUUGGGAUGAGAGAGCAGAGAUGGGCUCAGAUGUGUUUGUUUUUUUUCAAAGCUGGAGUUUCAAACCAAAUGCAACAAUGUGCAUAGAGCUUCAUAGGAGAAAGAAAACAACAAAAACAACAACAAAGCAAGUACCUUCUUGUAUAUUAGCAUUAGCUUAGAAAAUAGGCACCAAAAUGGCAAUACUUUUUUAAGGCAAGACAGAUUUGUAAUAUAUUUGUUCACUGUGCGAAGGUAUUCUACCUUGUACAAAAUAAAUUGAAUUUCUCUCAAA